AUGUUGACUGACAGCACCAGAGGCUCGGCGCUCCACUUGCUACCUACUGUGACUAUUAUUAUAUUGAUAUACAAAGCUCUAAAUCUGUGUAGGUCAUUCAGCACAAAGAGUGGUGAAGGCUUAGUCCUCCGUCUGACAGAGGAUGAUGGCCGUAAGUCAAGGUCGGGUUUAUCCUCCAGUUCCCUGGCUCAACAGGAGCAGCUGGAGCGACCACACAAUCUUCCUGGUGGCCAAGGCAUCAGCGACGGGCAGGGAGGAAGAAAUCUCAGCUCAUAUUCCUUGGAACUCGGCUUCCGUGCACCGUCAGCGCCGCAACACACCAAAUCUGCGUUGGGGGUAGAUUUGGCCGAGCAAAAUUCCCCACGUUCCAUUCCAUUAUCCUACAGUAGCUUUUCAUUCCUGCAGUUCAGCGGCCUCCCAGGUGGCGCUUCAGAUGCAUCAGCUGGUCCCGGAUCAACACACCAGCCUCGCCCAGUUACUCACUCGCUUACCAGGACACUGACGCCCCCGCGGAGACAAAGUGUUCAAAAACCUAGUAAAGAUUAUUUUCACCCUGAGAGUCAUCGUUUGUCUCAGUACGAAGACAACCACAGCUUCCCCCAGCACGGGGACAGUCAUCGCUUCCCCCAGCACGGGGACAGCCAUCGCUUCCCCCAGCACGGGGACAGUCAUCGCUUCCCCCAGCACGGGGACAGCCAUCGCUUCCCCCAGCACGGGGACAGUCAUCGCUUCCCACAGCACGGGGACAGUCAUCGCUUCCCCCAGCACGAGGACAGUCAUCGCUUCCCCCAGUACGAGGACAGUCAUCAUUUCCCUGGCGAUAACAACAGAGUUCGCUUCCCUGAGCAUGAAUUCAGUCACGGUUCUUCCCAGUAUGAAGACAACAGACAUACUCCUGGAUAUGAAGACAGCAGACAUUCACCUGGUUAUGAUGACAGCAGAUAUUCGCCUGGAUAUGGAGACAGCAGACAUUCUCCUGGAUAUGAAGACAGCAGAAAUACUCCUGGAUAUAAAGACAGCAGACACUCUCCUGGAUAUGGAGACAGCAGACACUCGCCUGGAUAUGAAGACAGCAGACACUCGCCUGGAUAUGAAGACAGCAGACACUCGCCUGGUUAUGAAGACAGCAGACACUCGCCUGGAUAUGAAGACAGCAGAAAUACUCCUGGAUAUGAUGACAGCAGAAAUACUCCUGGAUAUAGAGACAGACACUCGCCCAUGAAUAAAGAAGAUUACUACUCUCUGACAUAUCAAAGUGGUCGUCACUACCCUCCGUAUAAAGAGGGUCGUUACUCUCCCCAGUAUGACACUGGUCAUUACUCUCCCCAGAACAAAGACAACAGCUACUUCCCCCAGUACGAGGCAGGUCACCUGGACCCACUUCGGACGGAUCGGCAUUCUGCCCCCCGCCCAACGCCCCACGACCCGGAAUCUUCCAGCUACGACCGAGACCAUAACAACCCCUGCAAGGUCGUCGAUAAGAAGGGCAUGACUUGUAAAGUGUGUCAGGACAACGAAGGUGGCUUCUCGGAGCACUGUUCCCACAGCAGCAGCCGGGGUUAUGACUCCUACUACAACAACAGCCGAGGACACAGUGGCCAACACCCCAGCUACAACAACAGCCGGGGUCAUGACUCCUACUACAACAACAGCCGUAGACACAGCCACCAACAUCCCAGCUCCAACGACAGACCAGUGGUGCACAUAACCAGGCGUGCGACCCUCACACCACUUCCCUCUAUAUCACCAGGUAGGCCGAUGGAUCAGUUCAUGUAUGUCCCCAUGUAAGCUGUAAGGUUAAUUCUUCUAUGUCCCCAAGUAGUUUGAAAGAUUAAUCCUUCUGUUUCCCAGGUAGUCUUUAUGAACACCGUAAGUUUAAGUGGAUGGAGUACGACAACUUUACAUACUCCGAUGAGAAGGGCAAGUGCAGAACAAAAUGAAAUAAAAAACUAGAAUAACAAAAACUUGAGGAUUGUGACGUGUGCGUAAGCUAGAGGUAAAAGCAAUCGACACUCACAAAUUGAAAGAGAAAUGGACUGAAUCGCUGCCGACAUCUGCAUGAGAGUAGGGAAAUAUCCUCUAUAACUGAACGAGAGGCACUGUAGAGUGAGACAGGAUUGCAACACUGGCGUCCUUUCACGGAUAGCUACCGCCCUGCAGCAAAAGGAGAGGCAGUAUAGUGAGGCACCAGCGGGAAGCACUAGCGUCCCUCUCCUCCCAGCUCGUGAAAUUGGUAUACAAGUCGACUCUAAAUCCCUCAUAACACGUGUGUGCCCAGCUGAU